AUGGCAUUGUUCAUUAGGGAAGUUAACCGGAGUGUUCCAGGCGCAGAAAAAAAACAAACUAGUGAAUUUGUGGCUAUGGAUCCUAUCAGUGCGUCACGGUUUAUCCAUAUAAAGUUCAAGGCAAUGUUGGAUUUUAUUGUCUCUGAUGCUGCUCCUUUAGGAAAAGUAAGUCACUACUUCUACAGGCGAGAAUACCAAAGCAGAGGUCUCCAACAUUUCCAUCUUCUUCUGUGGGUAGAAAAUGCUCCUGUAAUGGGGACGUCCAGCAACGCAGAAGUAGCCGACUUUAUCCUUAAGUACAUUACUUGCAAUGUUCCAAAUGCAUCCGUUUCACCUACUCUCAACAACAGAGUUACAAGUUACCAAAUGCAUCACCACAACUCGUACUGUAUGCGGACAAAGAAAACCAAAACCGGGUUUCGUAAGGCUUGUCGUUUCGGGUUCCUCCGGCCAAUCACAGGGAAUCUUGUUCUGCGUGACGUUGUCGAGUCUGUAGCUGGCAGAAAAGCUCUCAAGUCUAAGUCACGUCUUUAUGACCUACCCAGAACACCAAGCGAGAGCUUUGUCAAUGACUACAACCCGGCCGUGUUGCUAGCUUGGAAUGGAAACGUGGACAUCCAGUAUGUAUGCGAAAGCACUUCUAUCCUACAUUGGUAUGUCACAAAGUACACUACCAAAAGUGAACAAAGUCAUGCUGGCCAAGUUUUUACAGAGAUUAAUUCUACAAAAUCAUUAGCUAGUAGACUGUUUAACGUUGGCCUUAGAGCUUUAAACAACCGUGAGUGUGGUUCUUUAGAAGCUAGUGACACACUGUUGGGCAUUCCAUUGUACGGCACGGACCCGGAGACAACAAUAAGAUGGUUGGAUGUAGGCAUGACCAGACGCAAAAGACUACAAAAAAUCGACAAGAUACGAAGUAUGGACCCAAGUUCAACGAACAUAUUCUACGAGUCGUGGGUUGAUGACCACUACCCAACUAGACCAGACGAACUAGAAGAUAUGAACUUAUACGACUUUGUGAGAUGGUACGAUAUAGCUGCUCAACCACCUAAAGGCGACCGUGAAGUGCAUAAGUUGAAUUCAGGCAAAUUCCUCACUAAAAGAGUCAGACCAUGCUUACUGAAUCACUAUAAGUACAGCCCCACUCAGGAUCCUGAAAAAUACUACCAUGCAUUACUUCUUAUGUUUCUUUGUUGGAGAUCUACUGAUGAGCUGAAAGAGUCUCAUGAAACAUACACAGAUGCUUUUAUGGCCAAGCGGACACUUCUCACUCAAGCCUUCAACUAUGACAAACGUUUAAAAGACAUUAUUGCGGCAUCGGAGAAUGCAAGAGACAAAAUUCAAAACCGAGUUGAAGAGAUCAAUGCAGAAGAAGGAGAGGUUGCUGAUCCAUCCAAUAUAGCCUUUCAGCCCUUUAAUGAACCUGUCCCCGCAUCCCAGCCUGUCAGGGACAGCAAUUGGUCGCCGAAUGACGAGCCGUUUGAGAAAAAAUACCAAAACUCAAUGACGACCAAAAGAGAGUCCUCUACAUCAAUAUCAGCUCCCACAGGACUAAGUGCUUACAACAUCAAUGGUUCUACGAUCUACAAAGUGUUUCAGCUGCCAGUUGAGCAUGGAAAAACUCCAAAGUACAAAGCUCUUACUGAUGAUGUUUUAAAAAUGUUGAGAUCCAACCUGAAAGAUGUGGUGCUCUUCAUAAUAGACGAAGUGUCCAUGGUCUCCAAUCUAACAUUGAUGUACAUAAAUCUCAGAUUGUGUGAAAUAUUCAACACCUCAGACCAAAGUAACGGCUGGUUUGGUAAAAAACAUAUACUGCUCUUUGGAGACCUUUUACAACUUCCACCAGUACACGAAGACUCCCCAUUCAUUGAACUUGACAGUAGCAAACUUAGUUCUUUUGUUGGCUCUCUGUCUUGUGUUAACAUCUGGUCUGAACAGUUCUCUUAUGAUGAACUUACUACAAACAUGCGACAAGCUCAAGAUUCUAAGUUUGAUGAUGUGUUAAGCAAAGUCAGAGUAGGCAAUAUGACCGUUGAGGACAUCCGUCUAAUUGAAAGCAAGAAAAUACAUCUUAAUGGAAAAACUGCUUGUGAAAACCUUUCUCUAUUAGGAGAUUACUUGUCUGCUUUACCCAACAAUUCUGUGUGUCUUUGUUCAACUGGUUACCAAUGCUCCAUAAUAAAUGAUGAAAUGGUCAAUAGAAUAAGUGGUCCUGUCGUUAACUUGGUUGCAAAAGACUCAGUUGACUGUCUACCUCGUCAACAAAACAAAGUUAAAAAGAUACUGUCCUCUUACAACUCUGACUGCAGCAGAACGGCUGGUAUGGAGAAAAUUAUUCCUAUUAAGGUUGGUGCUAAAGUUAUGUUGCUUAGAAACAUUGACGUCACUGUGGGGCUAGUUAACUCCGCCAUUGGAACAGUAACGGGGUUGAGGUUUAAUACAGACAAUUCUGAUGACGUAGACUCAGUGACAAUUAACUUUGAUUGUGGCAUUACCCAUCACCUACAGCGAACAGGAAGUGGUGCCAGACCAAAAAUGUCGAAAAAGUGCAGGAUGAGAGUACAAAACCGGUACCCUCUGCAAAGACUACCGGAAGAUCGAGAGUUCAGUCAACUUUAG